AAAUGAAAUGGGGAGGGUGCAAAAACAGAAGGAAGCGGCUCUGAGUGAACAAAGAAGAAGGUUGUGGUGCGGGGAAUCAAUGACUGGAAUAGCUUGAUAUCUUCCUUCCGUCAGCCAAGAUGUCAAAAAGGCCAUCUUAUGCGCCUCCCCCCACCCCAGCCCCCACUACACAAAUGCCCAACACGCCUGGGUUUGUGGGAUACAACCCAUACAGCCAUCUGGCCUACAACAACUACAGGCUCGGCGGAAACCCAGGCAGCAACAGCAGGGUAACGAAUUCGUCGGGCAUCACGAUUCCAAAGCCGCCGAAGCCCCCGGACAAGCCGUUGAUGCCCUACAUGCGAUACAGCAGGAAGGUUUGGGACCAAGUAAAAGCCUCCAAUCCAGAUCUGAAGCUAUGGGAAAUUGGGAAGAUAAUCGGUGGCAUGUGGAGAGAUCUCACUGAUGAGGAGAAACAGGACUACUUGAAUGAAUACGAAGCAGAGAAGAUCGAGUACAAUGAGUCCAUGAAGGCCUACCACAACUCCCCGGCCUACCUGGCUUACGUCAACGCCAAGAGCCGGGCGGAGGCCGCCCUGGAGGAGGAGAGCCGCCAACGGCAGUCGCGUCUGGACAAGGGCGAGCCCUACAUGAGCAUCCAGCCUGCCGAGGACCCGGACGACUACGACGACGGGUUCUCCCUGAAGCACACGGCCGCGGCCCGUUUCCAGCGCAACCACCGGCUGAUCAGCGACAUCCUGAGCGAGAACGUGGUGCCGGACGUGCGCUCCGUGGUCACCACCGCCCGCAUGCAGGUGCUGAAGCGGCAGGUCCAGUCCCUCAUGGUGCACCAGAGAAAGCUGGAGGCGGAGCUUCUGCAGAUUGAAGAUCGGCACCAGGACAAGAAGAGGAAGUUCCUCGAGGCCACGGAAUGCUUCAACAACGAGCUGAAACGGCUGUGCGCGCUGAAGGUGGAGGUGGACAUGGAGAAGAUCGCGGCGGAGAUCGCGGCGGCCGAGGAGGCGGCCAGGAGGCGCGCGGAGGAGCGCGAGCGGGAGGUGGCCGAGCAGGCGGAGCGCGCCGCCGCCGCCCCCGAGGAGGAGCCGCCCGCCCCCCCCGCCGCCGACAAGCCGCCCGCCGAGGACCCCGCCGCCGACGGCCGGCCCAAGAAGAAGAAGAGGAAGGACGGGGAGGAAGAGGACGAGCCGCCCGCAGCCAUGGAGAUGGACGAGCCGAGGCCCGAAAGCCAGCGGGCCAAUGAGGAGGGAGCGGGCACCAGCGAGGACAAGGAGAGCGUGCAGGAGGGCGGCGACAGCGUGAUGGAGGAGGGCACCAGCGACAGCAACGCCAGCUCCGAGAGCACGGGAACGCCUGCGGAUGACACCCUCCCUCCCGAGCCUGCCCCCGAGGAGGGGCCUAGCAACAAGCCCGAAUGAGUCCCCAAACCGCUCCCCUCCUCUCUCUCCCCCUGCCCCGUCCCGCUCCCCCAAAACAAUGCUGACCCACACCCCUGUCCCCACCCCUGCCUGAAUUAAUCCCGAACGCUACCCCCCCCCCCCCCCAUCCCAUCCCGCUUUCCCAAAACAAAGCUCACCACACCCCUCUCCUAAACAACCCACCCACCUGACAGACGUCAGUCAGAGAGUCCUCUGACCGAUCAUAUGUGACAUAUUUUUUUUUAAAGAACCUCACGGUGACACCUGAUACACAAGCGUACUGCCACGCGGUAAUAUGAGUGCCCCUGUGGACGACUUUCACAGUGAUGUAUUGGGGGCUGCUGCCAUCUGUUGCGACUCAUGAGUAUACCUGCACGUGCUUUGCCGCGUGGCUUCGUACACGCGGUGACACACAGUCCCCGCCCCCCCCCCCCCCCCCCUUUAAUUCCGGUGCGGCGCUGUGCUGCUGAACAGGUGUGCGUGCAGUGACAUUUCCUUUGCUAAUUCGACUCCCAACAAGAGUACACAUCGGUCCACAUUUACUCUGUAAGUGUCGGUUUAGCACUGCGGAGGAGCUGUAGCGGGCUUGCCUGCAUGUUGCUGCCACGCGCCAGGUUCAGCAGGUUCAUUUUGCUUUGUUAGUCUUUUGUUUUUUUUUGUUUUUUUUUUUAAAACCCCAAUUUCACUGAUGUAGCCUAGACAUGGUUUAUGUAACUGAAUGGUUAUAGUUCCACUGCUUGUUUCUUUUAGUAUUUAAUUGUCUUCAAUACGUAGAAAAUCAUUCAACUGUACGCUAGUUUUUAUCUUUGCUAAAUCAAUUUUUGUAACGCUGGAUUUGAUUCCCCAAAUAAAAUUUGAACCCAC